AUGUUUUCAAGCUUCUUCUUCAAAAGACUGUUAGUAGCCUCUCCAACAACAUUCUCCUCAUUCGUUUUACAGCGUCAACAACAUAUCGAGAAUAAUGUGUCAACAACAAUUACAAAAGAUUAUAAUUUAUUAUCGGAUCAGGAACUAAUACAAUUAAUUCAGUCUAAAGAAUUAUUACUCCAAAAUCUCGAAAAAUAUAUAUCCUAUAAUCGUUCGAUUUCGAUAAGACGUACAUUAUUAAAUAAAAAAUUAUCGAUAUUACGACACUUAUCAACAAUUGAUAAUUUACCGUAUGAAAAUUAUGAUUAUUCGAGAGUUAUUAAUCGAUGUUGUGAAAAUGUUAUUGGCUAUGUACAAAUACCUGUUGGUUAUGUCGGACCAUUGAUCAUUGAUGAAAAGGAAUAUUAUAUACCGUUGGCUACUACAGAAGGUGCACUUGUUGCUAGUACAAAUCGUGGUUGUAAAGUAAUAAGAUUAUCUGGUGGUAUACGUACAACAUUGUUUAAGGAUGGUAUGACAAGAGGGCCAGUACUUAAAUUUCAAACAGGUGAACAAGCAUAUCAUGCAUUUAAUUGGUUAGAUGAUAAUUUUGAUUUACUGAAAACAACUUUUGAUAAAACAAGUUCAUACGCUAAAUUAAUAUCUAUUAAAAAGAAUAUAUGUGGAAAAUUAUUAUUUAUUAGAUUUGUUGCAACAACCGGUGAUGCGAUGGGGAUGAAUAUGAUAUCGAAGGGUGUUAGUGAAGUGCUAAGCUUACUUCAAUCAACUAGAUGGGGAUCAACAAUAGAAAUAAUGAGUUUAAGCGGUAACUACUGCACAGACAAAAAAGCUACAGCAUUAAAUUUUAUUGAUGGUCGAGGAAAAUCAGUUAUGUGUGAAGCAACAAUACCUUGUGAAAUAUUAGAAAAUCAAUUAAAAUUAAAUGCACAACGUUUAACUGAACUAAAUUUAUCUAAAAAUUUAUUAGGUUCAAUAAUGGCUUCUAGUGUUGGUGGCUAUAAUGCCCAUGCAGCUAAUAUUGUUGCUGCUAUUUUUAUUGCUUGUGGACAAGAUCCAGCACAAGUUAUAUCAAGUAGUAAUUGUAUAACAUGGUUAGAACCAGUUGGAUUACAUAAACAAGAUUUAUAUAUAUCAUGCACAAUGCAUUCACUUGAAGUUGGAACAAUUGGUGGUGGAACAAGAUUACCCGGACAAGAAGCUUGUUUAAAAAUGUUAGGCGUUUCGGGCUCAAAUAUCCAACAUCCAGGUGAUAAUUCUAAACAUUUGGCUAAAAUAAUAUGUGCAACUGUCCUGUCUGCUGAAUUAUCAUUGUUAAGUGCACUGGCUACAAAUGAACUGAUUUCCAGCCACUUGCGCUUAAACAGAAAGUCUACCAGUGACACCAAUUAA